AUGAAUCACGUGCCGACGCUAAUUCGAAGCAACAACUCUCGUCGAAGAACGAGUCUGGUGUCAGAGAUCACAUUUGAUGAUGAUGACUUUCUGUCGGGUGAAAUCAGCUACGGUUCAACUGGUAGCAAAUGUGAUGGUAGCAAAUGUGAUCACAAGUGGAGUGCAGGAACACAACCAUGCCAUGCUGUGCUAGAAUCGAGACGAAUAUUUAUUCUAACGAGUAUGCCACAUUCAACAUCUCUUGCAAUGCCUGAACGCAAAUGUUCCACCAAUCGAUUGUCCGAUCGUCCAGUGGAAGACGCAAAUAAUGUUACCUUGAAGCCUCUAAGAUCCAAGCAUCAAGAAGAGAAUCCAACUGACAAGUUCUGGAGAAGCAAACGGUUACUACUGAGCCAACUACCAGGGGCUCUUGCUCCAGGAUCAAAAGAUCGCAUGCCCAACGCAAAGUGGGAUCUCGGUGUAACCGGGUCAGGAUUAGAAGUAAAGGAAAGUUUAUCCUCAGGCUGCUCGAGUGAUGGUAGGCAGAGCUGCCCGAACAGAAAGUUUUUUAGCAAAGUAAGAACAAGCUUUAGCAGAAGAAUCAGCGCUUGCGGUCCGUCCGUGGAAUUGCGAAAGCCUAUUCGCAGGCGCUCUAAAGAUCGGGAUUUGGAAGAAACUUCCGACCUUGCUCGAAACAUGAUCCCGACUCCAAUAAUGCCAAUCUUCCCAUUACCGGGUCGUUCCAGCUUUGUGCUUUCGAAAAAGCAUUCCAUCGCAUCACCGCACAAAGGAGAAGGAGCAUGUCACCUUAUGCCACCAUGCCGCUGA